AUGAGUGGUGCUAGCACAAGUGAUAGCCUAUCUGAGAGUGUCAUUUUGGACUUGAUAUCGAGUUAUGAGUCGAAAACACAGAUAAAUGAUAAGGCGGUUGAUAGUUAUACUCUUAUCAUUGAUAAAACAACAAUUGAAGUGCAAUCACCUAGACUUAUCCCGGUUAUAAGUCAAAUCUUAUUAGAUAAAGAAUGUGCUAGAAUCGACCCUUAUCAAGUAUUACUUGGUUUACUAGAGAAAAUCUUAUCGUUUUUAACAUUUCAAGAGAUUUUGAAUUAUUACCCUAAGGAUUUCAUCUUGGAAAACCUUUACCAGUCAUCUAGUAUAGUCUGCAUAUUAUGUUUAAAAAUCAUCAUAUUGAAUCUACAUCAACCAGAGACUCAAAAUUUUUUACACCAAAACCAGGUUGUCACUGGUUUGAUGGAAUUAUAUUUUGAUCCUGGUACUACCAAUAUUGCUGUGCUAAAUCAGAUUGAACUUUUGGCAAAAAAAUUGGAAAAAGAGGAGAUGAAUCUACUUGAUGGGUCGAAUGAGUUGUUUUUUGCAAUUAGGAAACUGAAAGAUGCAAUUCUACUAGCUCGUUUUUUGAAUUUGUUUAUUAUCCUUUUACCAAAGAUGUCGCAAAUUAAUGAAAGCUUGUAUCUUUUUACAAAACUGGAGAUAUUGCUAGUCAAAGAUGAUGCUUUGUUUUUGAUUCUCUUGGUACAGUUUUAUACAAGGUUGAUUGACUCAGAUUUGAAAAUCAGUCCAGCCUUGAAUGAUUUAUUAACAAUAUUCAAGAGUGACGACGACGAAUUGGAAUUGGAAGAGAUUGUCAAGUUGGAAAUGGUUGAUCUCAUUGCUAAAAUGUCAUACUCCAACUACACCCCCGCAUUAGACAAGUUUGAAUUAUUCAAGACUCAUAAUUUGAUAAAACUAUUUGAAAAAGAUCAAGUUGACAUUAAAUUAUUAAGCCGAUCAAACCCAAAUGUAAUAUACGGAUUAAAUCCAUCGAUCUUCAGUGAUGUGUUGAUUCAUUUACCUUUGUUCGAUGAUAGAUACUUUCCAAUACUUUUAAAUUCAAUCAAUUGUUUUCACAUUUGGCAAUCCCUAGAGCCAAAAUUGAGUUAUGAAAAGUUGCAAUUAUUACCAAAAGAUAAAUUGUAUACUUUAUUAUUAGCAAUGUCCAAAUUGGAUUAUGGUCGAACAUAUCUUUUUAAUCAUUUACCAAAUAUUGUUGUUAAUGAGUUGAUUGAAUCUGACAUUAGAAACAAUGAAAUAUGGAAGUUAAAAUUGCAAAUCUUGCAAGUAUUGAAUAGCACUGAGUCAGUUCCUGGAUUCGAGUAUUGGAAAGAGAAACUUGAGGAAAGCUAUAAUACAAUGAGAUUUGGACAAAAUUACAAAAACAUUCAACCAAAGGUGGAAGUUGUUGAUGAAACAGCAUAA